GUUUCAGAUGAGCGAGACACUGUGCAGAAGAAGACGUUCACCAAAUGGGUCAAUAAGCACUUAUCAAAGACGGGUCAAAAAGUGGAGGAUUUGUUUGUGGACCUCCGCGACGGAUAUGCACUGAUUGCACUUUUAGAAGCACUGACUGGCGAACGAAUUCAGAAGGAGAACGGAUUCACACGAUUCCACCGUAUUCAAAAUGUGCAGUACUGUCUGGACUUUUUGAAGAAGAAGAAUAUCAAACUGGUGAACAUUCGACCCGAGGACAUUGUCGAAGGAAACGGAAAACUGACACUCGGCCUCAUCUGGACGAUCAUCCUCAAUUUCCAGGUCUCAGUUAUCAGACAACGUCUUCUGAUGGAGUCUCAACACGAACAGCAAAUGAGUGGCUCUAUGCACAAAUCCUCCUCCUCACAGGUCUCCGAAGCGUUACAUGGAAGCGAUGCGACAUCGGCGCGCGACGCACUGCUUCAAUGGGCGCGAAAGGUGACCGCCGGCUAUCCUCGUGUGAAUGUGAACAACUUCUCGAGCUCAUGGCGUGACGGACUCGCCUUCAACGCAAUUCUCCAUCGAUAUCGGCCGAAUGCUAUCGAUUGGAAUAAGAUCAGCGACGAAUCGGUGUCCAACCGAGAGCGUCUCGACAACGCGUUCGCCGCGGCGGAACGCGAAUUCGGCGUCUCACGUCUUCUCGAUGCCGAAGACGUCGAUACCAAUAAUCCAGACGAGAAGUCGAUCAUCACCUACGUCUCGUCUCUCUACAAUGCUCUUCCACACCUUCCAGAGCUUAAUAAGCUUCAAAAAGUGCAAGACGAGUACAUCGAAGAGGCGUACGAAUGGCGCGAAUGGGUGGUGCGUGCCAUCCAGCUCGUCAACGAUCGCCUUCUCCAAGGAACGUCAUCUGAACUGAUCUACGAACUUCAACGCUUCCGUGACGACGACCUACCACCAAGAGAGGAGCAGAAACGACGCCUAUGCCUUGUCUACGAUCAUUUAGAGAAGAUGAUGAGGUCCACGGAGCUCUUUGCGAUUCCCCAUGAGCUCAGUGCUCGCGAGCUUCAGAAGGUGUGGCAGGAGUUGUUGAAUUCGAUCGAUCGACGAUUCGAUCUGUUGGAACAUCAUCGUGUACAGGAGGGAAACUCAUCGGACAUCAUCAGCCGUCUGGACCGUGGAAUCGGAAUCGUCAACGAGAAGCUGGACCUGAUUCUGAAGAGAAUUGAAGACGUCGAGGCUCGUGUCGACACCUCCCCACCAGCAGCCGUCGAGCGUACCGUAACCGAGAUCGUGGACGAUUUGAAUGCCCUCGAGGCACCGAUUGCUCAGCUUUUCGAGUUGGUCGAAGAGCUGAAGACUAUGCAACAUCCAGAAGCCAACGACUUCUACCGAAGAGUCUACGGACUGCACCAACGAAGAACCGCCUAUCUCGACCGGCUCACCAAUCAGAUUCUGGUUCGGCUGGGAGUCCGUACGGAUACACUGCACAAAGAGAAUCAAGCACGUCUGGAGAACAUGAGACAGACGUCGUUCAGCAGAGUGGAAGAGUGUAUCGAAUGGGUCCGAGUGAGAAUGGAGAAACUGACGACGAUGGAGUUCCUGGAGGAUCUGGAGACGUUGGAACACAUCUUCGAGCAGCACAAGCUCGACAACCGAGACAUCCAGGACUUCAGACAGAACGUUGAUGAAUGCAUCGCCCGACAAGCUGAAGUCUCCGCUGAAGACACCUACGAAUACUGUGAAUUGCUGAGAGUCUUGGAGUCGGAAUACCAGCAGCUGAGGGAUUUGAGUGCUGGAAGAAUGCUGGAUCUGGAUUCUCUGAUUGCCUUUGUACGUGCUGCACAGCUCGAGCUCAUCUGGGUUUCAGAUCGGGAGAGAAUCGAGGUGACCCGUAAUUGGAGCGAUAUCAAACAGCUGGACCUUCCAAUGCUCACCAACUACUACAAACAGUUGCUGCACGAGAUGGAGCUCAGAGAGAAGCAAUACAACGAUGUGCAUAAUCAAGGAGCGGCUCUUCUCAAUCAAGGACAUCCGGCUGUGCGAGUAAUCGAGAUCUAUCUGAAAACAAUGCAAACUCAAUGGGAUUGGCUGCUGGCCCUAUCCAAAUGCCUUGAAGAGCACCUCCGCGACGCGCUGAACCUCAAGUCGUUUAUGGAGGAGGCUGCCGAUGCGGAAGCAUGGAUUGAGGAACAAUCGGCACGUCUUGAGAACAACUACAAUCGAACGGACUUCAGUUUGGAGGAGGGAGAGAGGUUCCUGAGGGAGCUUGAUGAGAUCAAGGAGAUUCUGAACAAGUACCAUCAGGUGCUGAUGGCACUCACCGAGAGAUGUGCUUCAAUCUCGCCGUUGUGGCAGCGAGGAGAGAGGAUUCCGCAUCCGAUUACUGUAACUGCCCUGUGUGACUACGCGGAUCAGAACAUCACAAUCAAGGCGGGAGAUGAUGUUGUUCUGCUCGACAACUCGGAUUUGAUCAAAUGGACUGUGAGGGAUUUGUCGGGAGUCGAGGGACAAGUACCAUCGGUUGUGUUCCGUAUCCCACCACCAGAUGCCCGUCUGACGGCAUUCUUGAAUCGCCUACUUCAACAAUUCGAGAAGCUCAAGAAGUUGUGGGAGAAGAAGCAUCGAAUGGUUCGAUUCAACAUGGUUCUGAACACAAUGAGAACUAUUCAAGGCUGGGACCUGGACACGUUCAACUCGAUCGAUCCCGACCAACGUGACGCAAUCAUGAAGGCGUUGAACGACGACGCGAACAAACUGCUCUCCGAACUGGAUCCCAACGAUCCGCUGGCCCUCCGCCUCCGUGAGGAACUCCGCAAGACGAACGAACACUUUUGGAAUCUGCUCAACGCCUCGCAGAAGCCACCAGAGCCCGAUUGGGCGUCUCAAUACGAUCAGAAGAUGUCGGAAUUGCUCAGAAAACUGGAGGAGGCGUGGAGAAAGCUGAACGACGCCGUCGGCAAGCCAGUCUCUCGAUCACCGGAAGAGCUGGAACGCGUGAUUCAUGAGCACAAGAGAUUCGAGGAUGCCCUUCAGGCCCUUGAUGGAGACGUUGCCAACGUCAAGGAGCUGUUCCGUCAACUGCCAAACCCCACGCCGACGCAACGUGUCAAUCAUGAUCGUUUGAAUGGACUUUGGGAUGAUUUGUGGGACUUGUCGAGGAUGUAUGUCGAGCGAAUCAAGGUAUUGGAGUCGGUUCUGAAUGGCAUGGUCGAAGUCGCUGACAUCGUGAAGCAGCACGAGAUAACGUUGAACUCAUUCGACGAUCUGCCGGCUGCGCUCGACAAACUGCGUGGACACCACUCGCAGUUGCUCGAGAUCAACAUGGUGCUCAGGGUGAGCAGCGUUUUGAGCAAUUUUUCAAAUUUCCAGCAACAACAAACCGUCAUCGAUCAGCUGAACAGAAAUGUCGCACUGCUCCGCCAACACGUCGCCCGUACUCGUAUCAACGAGGGACACCACCCCGACGUUGACGCUAUCGAAGAAGAAGUGCAAAAGCUGAACGUGCGUUGGGAGAAUGUGAACGCUCAAAUCGCCGAACGCCUUCUGGCCGUCGAGAAAGCUCUCCAGAUUCAAAUGGUCUAUCGAUCGGAAUACGAGACGGAGAUCAAGUGGUUGGACGACGUCGAGGAGACAAUCAAUCGACUCCGGAAACCAGAUGAGCUGCGUCCCGAGGAGUAUCAGCAUCAGUUGGAUACGCUCACCCAGAUGUACUCCCAUCUUCAAGAACACACUCAAGCCAUCGAGAAUGUGAACAAAGAGGGUGGAGAGUUCAUUCAUAAGGCCAAGAUGUUCGAUGCGAAACUCGGACAGUACGGAGAUGCGAUCGUUGGAAUACACGGACCCGACGUUCGUUCGUUGUUCCGCCGGACGAAGCCACAGCCGAAGAAUGGCGCACAGAUUGUGACCGAGGAGCUGGAGGUGAGUGUUUUGUCA